GCGAAACUGGCGCACACUGCCAAGCAGGCUUCUGCACGGCCUAUGGCCCUCGCCCUGCCAACGAUGAUGCGUACCUUUGCCGUGUCCAGUGGUCUCAAAUCGAAGGCUCUGCCGCCUCUCUUUUUGCAGUGUGCGACGGACAUGGAGGUUGCUCAGUUUCCGAGCUCCUCCCCUCCUUGCUCGAGACCGAGCUCGGGAACCUCGCGGACGCCAGAAGCCCCGAAGAGCGGCAGAGGGUCGUAGAGGCUGCUUUUGCUUCCGUUGAUGACCAUCUACGGGAACGCUUGAGUGGAGCGGGUGAUCGUUGCGGGUCCACCUGCAUCACCGCGGUGGUUUGGCCAAAGAACGGGGGCUUCCGCGUGCUCUUGGCCAACCUGGGCGACUCGAAGGCUCUGAUCUAUCGGGAUCGAGGCAGCUUCGAGCAUCUUGUCGAGACUUGCGAUCACAAGCCGGAUGUGCCUUUCGAGAAGAAGCGCAUCCGUGCGGCAGGAGGCUACGUUCUGCCACGGGACGAUGAGAACCCCGCCAGGGUUGACGGUGUGUUGGCGAUGUCCCGGGCCUUCGGAAACUUUCGCUUCAAAGACACCAGCUUGGAGCCAGGAGCGCGCAAAGUUUCCGCGACCCCUGACAUUUGCGAAUUUGAUGCCGCACCUGGCGAUGUCCUAGUGCUUGCAUCGGAUGGCGUUCUGGACGUCGUGUCGAGCCCACAGGUGGCAGCCUUGGCUGUGCGUGGAGUCCAAGGCAACAGCGAUGGUGGUGGUGUCGGUGCCGCCGUGGAGGCUGCGGCG